CGUAGAAGAAGAAGCCACCCCUGUCACACAGUGCGCAAAUGCGCAUCCAGCAGCACGGACCUCCGGUGGAUACCGAUAAAACUAACACUUCCAGGCUGGGAAACGACACGUUAGGGCGGAAGAGAAAACUGCGCUCGAGUGGCAAGACAGAACCGAAGGGUAACGUCUGUGACACGGCAGCGACCAUGGUGGGCGAACGCCGCAAUGGGAACCUGCUGGUCCAGCUGGGCCCGCGUCUGCAGGCCUAUCCCGAGGAGCUGAUCCGCCAGCGCCGUAACCACGACAACCAGACCACCGAGUACCUGAUCCGCUGGUGCCUGGUAACCCUGGACGACGGCUCGGGCUCCGGGGGAGGGGCCAGCGAUGGAGGGGGCGGGGCCAGCGGGGGGGGUGGUGGAUCCGGGUCGGACGGCUCGGCGGCUCGGCGUGCGGCGAGACGAAGCCGGAGAACAUCCUGAUGUGGAUGACCACCGAGGACGUGUACGCCAACUGCCCCACGCUGCUCGGCAAACGCACAACGGACGCACAACGCACGCUGGACGCGCUCAGCGGAGAGGCUUCAGACAGAGGACAGAGCCAGCGGAGCGGAGGCCCAGACGUCUCCACCUUCGACGAGGUGGAGCUGUCGGACAUGAAGGAGGACGUGAAGAACCUGGUGCGGCGAGCCAGGAAGCAGAUGGCGAAGAAGAGCGACUUCUCCAUCAGCAUCACGCACACCAUCCACGUGCUGAGCGCCUACGCCAGCAUCGGCUCGCUCGUCAGCGUCUUCAAGGAGACCGGCGCCCUCAACCUGCUGAUGGAGCUGCUCUGCAACAAGGAGACGCAGACGAGGCGCAGCGCCGGCAAGAUGCUGCGCGCGCUGGCCUCGCACGACGCAGGAAGUCGUGCGUACGUCCUGCUGUCUCUCUGUCUCUAA